ACACCUGGCCAGUAGGGGGUCGCUUAGGACGCAGCCUGGUUUUGAUCGGUGUGCACUUGGAAUGGAGGAAACUAUAGUUAAAUUUAGACAUUGCGGGAAAGAUAUUUAUAGUUUUUCCAAACAGCAGAAUGUGUGUCCUGCUUGUCAUGAUCAUCUCAUCCUUCGAAUUUUAGACGCACCGGUGGCUCUUCCGUCUCCUUUCACAAACGGCCAUCAAACUCACUGCUCGUUUCUUAUAGGAGCUACUGAAGGCCCGUGGUGUUUAAAUGAAUGGAGCGAGACGGAGUUACAUGUUGGACUUUCCGACUCAACAGGUUUAGUAUAUAACUACACACUGUCAGGAGUUCAGAGGGAUGAACACGGAUGGGAGCAGUGUGUGUCUAUCCAACUGGUUCCACCAUAUAGAGAAGACCUAAAACAGUUAUGGGAUAAAGAACUGAGCCAUUUUUCAUCACUUCCAGCAUGGACUCCAGAACGAUUCCAUGAGGAGAGGGAGUUUGGCUCGUGUUGCUACGGUUUCACCCUGACAUUCAUAAACCACAUGAGAUCACUGGACAGUAAAGCCCCUCUCAGCAGAAAUGAGUUCACCAGUGCUUACAUUUUAUCCAGAAUGAAACAUGCCUCUAUGUAUAUCAGGGUGUAUGAAGAAAUAUCACAAAAUGGAUUUUACAUUGUUGAUAAAUAAGGUCUUGAUUUUCAGCUAAUUGUUUCCUUCUUUUUCACUGUCUCCUGUGCAAUAAAUAAUAAUGUUUUAAUUAUUAUUUUCCGGCAGUCAUUUCAAUAUGAAAUCACCUUUUCCGAAUGGAUUUGUGUAUAGAUUUUCAUUUGCAAUGUUCUUACUACUCAUGUAUACUGAAUUAGAAAUUUCCCUUCAAGUAAUCCACAUUUUAAAUUGGACGGAUGUCUUUUGCUUAGAAAAAUACUAAUAAAAUGUUAAAAUGACUAACAGUAU